AUGGCGAGGGCUUCAGCGAGGGAUGAAGCGGGAGACGCGAUGAACGUGACCAUGUCGGAAGAAGAAGACAUGGAAGAGGUUGAAAUGGAGGACGUCGGUAUGGACGAGGUAGAUAUCGAACCGCACGCGUAUGCCGACUUGUACCACGAACAUACACCCGGGCCCCAUGAACCGAAGAAUGCCAUUGAAAUUACACUUUCCAAACCUAAAGAGACGCCGAAACGCAAAGCACCAAUCGCUACUCCUCAAGAUCGAAAGAAUCGAGUGCUUAUCCAUCAGAUCCAUGUGGUAACUAUACUCGCAGCGGCGCGACUUCGAAAUCAGUGGUGCAACGACCUUUCAUUGCGCAAUACGCUGCAAGAUAUGGUGCCAGACAUACUGCUGCGGAAACUGCAGGCCAUACAGCCUCGACAUGAACCAGAACGCCGUCAGCGUGUGCGUAUGUUCGAAGCCUUUAUGACAGAUCUGAUUCACUGGUGGCACGGCCGUUUUCAUGUCCAUACCCGUGUGGCUACAGCGGCAGCUUGGCGACAGCCUAGUAUUGAUACGUUUCAGCCUGUAAGAAUACCGCCGAACACAUGGGUCGACGGAUGGAUCGUUGAGUCUCCUUCACAGCGUAUGCAGCGGCACAAGCAAGAAGCACGGCAUAAGCUGCAUCCAGCGACGGAGGUGUCCAUCUUCCCGCCAGGUGCUGAGACUUCCACGCCGACGUAUCUUUGCCUACUUCCGCCACCAGAAAUUUGUGCGUCUCCUACGGAUCUUGUCGCGGCUGCGCAUGCCCAGCUAGGGUCGCGCGAGACUAAAGCCAUCCUGUUUUGUGCAUUGUGCCGCUCCUUGGGCGUUCCUGCUCGAUUGGUCGUAAGUCCUCAAGUUAGCUCCUACACAUUUUCGCAAUCACGUCCUAAGUCCAUACCUGCUGCUGCUGAAGAAGAAGAAGAAGAAGAAGAAGAGACGCUAUAUAUCGAGCCUUUGGACGAAAAAGCGCCGCCCACCGUCUGGGUCGAGGUAUACAGCAAGCCGUACCAGCACUGGCUCACGGUAGAUCCCGUGCGUGGCUUUUUAAAGGCUACAGGUCUGCGUAAUAUGGAGCCCCAUGCAUCGCAACGUCAAAACAAGCUGGUUUACGUCGUUGCUUUCGAGGAAGAUGGAUAUGCUCGCGACGUGACAGCCCGGUACACGCGCCAAUUGCAUACCCGUGUCGCGCGAAUGCGUCCUUCUGGACGACACACAGACUGGUGGGCCAGGGUUGUCAGGGCCCUUCAUCGGCCCCAAAAACUUGACCGUGAUGCUGUGGAAGACGUGGAAUUGCAAGACCAGGCGCGUCGUGAGCCUAUGCCUACCAGUGCAGGCGCUUUUAAAGAUCACCCAGUGUACGUUCUUGAGCGCCAUUUGCACCGCGACCAGGUGAUUCAUCCGCUGCAUCGUGUGGGUACAUUCCAGGGGCAGCCUGUAUAUCUGCGUGCUCAUGUGGUUCAGCUUCGAUCCGCUCGGCAAUGGUACAAUGUAGGCCGUGACGUCAAGCCGGGUGAAGAGCCGUUAAAAUGGACGAAGCAACGAUCUUACACGACCACGGGAAAGCGUCUGGAAGAGCAGGUGCGGGCAACGACGGGCGAGGAUGCGAUGGAAGGUUUGUUUGCCGAGUUCCAGACGCGCCUGUAUACGCCGCCACCUGUCGUGGAUGGCCAUGUGCCUCGAAAUGCGUUUGGUAAUGUCGACUUGUUUGUUCCUACCAUGUUGCCGGCAGGUGGCACACAUGUGGCGCAUCAUUUAGCAGCACGAGCGGCCAAGCAACUGAAUGUAAGUUUUGCGGAUGCUGUUGUGGGCUUUGAAUUUCGUCGCUUUCGCAGCUUGCCUAAACUCAAUGGUAUUGUCGUACCCACUGCCUCGGCGUCCUUGGUCUGGGACGCUAUUCGGCAGCUGGAAGCUCAUGAAGUCCAGAAUGAGCGUGCCAAAGUACAGAAACGGGCAUGGAAAAACUGGGACAAGCUUAUCACGGCACUAUUGGUGUCACGGCGUGUGCAAGAUGAAUACAAAAGUGUGCUUACUGUACCGGAGCCUCAGCCAGAGCAGGCACCGCUGGAAGAGAGUGGGACACGGCAGCUACGGGAUGUACCUGAGCUCGAGCCUGAGCCUGGACCUGAACCUGAGUCCAAACCUGCCCCUUCAGUACCCGAGCCGCGCGCCCCUCAUCCUUCUGGCCCUAUCGUAUCAUUGGACGAGAUGAUCGCCGCCGAGUCGCCGCCACCUACGCCACCUCGACGGCGCAUUGUCCUCGUUCGCCGACAUUCGCCACCUCGACGGCGGCAAAGCAGUCGGCAACGGAAUCAUGCACGGCCGUCGUAUGCCGAAGACGAUGACUAG